GCUAUUUACAGCGAGAUGCAAAUCCCCAAGGGAUUGGAACAGAUAGGAAUAGUACUUUCCAGAUGUGCAUGCAGAUUAAAAAAAAAUACAGGCCCACUUGCAUUAAGAAUUUUCUUCACUGAACACAAUUUCCAAGGGGCGGGGCGAGACGGAAGAGACCUGUGUGGCUCUGAAAGAUGCAAAAUGGCGGCCAGUGACCCGGAAGCGGAGCAGAAGCGAAUAGAAGAAAUUGAAGCCCUGUCUGCUAUAUAUGGUGAUGAAUGGUGUGCUAUUGAUGAAGAUGAGAAAAUUUUCUGCAUUCGAGUUAGUGAAUGCUUGGAAGAGCCAAAGUGGACUCUCUGUCUACAGGUGAUCCUGCCACCUGAAUAUCCAACAGCUGCUCCACCUAUUUAUCAGCUUAAUGCUCCUUGGCUUCAGGGACAGGAGUAUGCAGAACUAGCAAAUAAUCUUGAAGAAAUCUAUAUACAGAAUCUUGGUGAAAGUAUCCUUUAUUUAUGGGUGGAGAAGAUACGGGAGUUUCUGAUAGAAAAAUCACAGUCUUGUGAUUCAGCAGGGCCAGAGGUCAAAAAAAGUAUGGAAGAAAUUGAUGUGGAGCAUGAAGAAUCUCUGCUGGAUUACCUGCCCUUACAAGAGUGCACCACGUUAACAGUGAAUUUUGAUCUGUCUGAAAGGCAAGAAGGUGAAGAGUUACCUCCAAUUUAUCAUGGAAAUCCAAUUACAGACAGAAGAAGCACUUUCCAGGGGCAUUUAGCACCAGUAGUGAGCCCAAAACAGGUGAAAAAUGUACUUGCUGAGCUGUACAAGAAUAAAAAAAUAGCCAAUGCUACUCACAACAUAUAUGCAUAUAGGAUAUAUUGUGAAGACAAGCAGACUUUCUUACAGGAUUGUGAAGAUGAUGGUGAGACAGCUGCAGGUGGUCGUCUUCUCCAUCUCAUGCAGAUUUUGGAUGUCCAUAAUGUUUUGGUUGUGGUGUCCCGCUGGUAUGGUGGUAUCCUGCUUGGACCAGAUCGUUUUAAACACAUCAACAAUUGUGCCAGGAAUAUACUUGUGGAAAAGAACUACACUAAUUCAGCUGAAAAUUUAUCAAAGCACUCGGGGAAGAACAGAAGAGUAAGAAAAGACAAGAAGAAAACAGAACAUUAAUUCAUUUCAGAAAAUUGCACAGCCAUCUUUUGUCUAUGUGUAUGCAAUCACUCACUUGCUGAAAGAAACUUUUGAAACUGUAAAUGUUUCAUUGUAAAGACAUGGACACACUUUUCAGUAACAACGAAUUCUUCCUAGAAAGAAAAUUCAACAGUAGAAUCCCUUUUACUUUUUACAGUGUUUCAGCUAAUGAGGAUGAAAUGAGUUCUUAUGUAUAUUCAAUUAUUUAAUUGGUGUUUUUUUUAAAAAAAAAAAUUAAAUGAGGAAAAACAUAAUUUUAUUAUUGUCUGGGAGAGUUUUUCAUAACAAAUAGCAGUAGGAAUCCAUUGCAUCAAGGAGGAUUCUUGAAUGUCCUUGAAACUACACCUUGAAGUUUUGGUUUGUACUGCAGUUUUGGUUUCCAGUUCUCUUUGUUAGUAGUAUUCUGUGCUAUUGUCUGGCUCUUCUAGGGGAUGUUGAUCUUAAGCAAUACAUAAUUUUCCUCUGCUGAAAACUAUGGGAUGUAAAAGUGCUUAAUGCUGGGUGACUCAUAUUUUCAAAUCUAUUGUUUACAUGAAAGAGACAAAUAUGAUUGUCUUUGAACUCUGGUGAAUCUAACUCAGUUUCACCCUUCACCUUAGCAGUUUGAAGCUGCUGCCAACACAAGUAACACUUUAGUAAAGGACUUUUGGAUGGAGGAGCCCCAUGACCAAAAGAUAAGGUUGGAAAGUAAAGUUUUCAAAACUGAUUGCCUUAAUUAUGUAAGAUUCUUGCUUCGUUAUUUUUAAAACAGCAUGAAUAAAAGCCAUCUAGUCUGCUCCCA